AUGCCCACGCGAAUCGGGGAGAGGCAGUUCAAACGCAAGCCCACGGACCGCAAGUUGCGGGAAUCUGUGCUUGAGACUAUUCCAGAGGCGAAGCUGUUGAUAGAGCUGCAAAAGGCCGAAGUGAGACUGGACACGACCGUCAAUCGCAAGCGCCUGGAUCUGCAGGAUGUGGUCGGGCGGUCCAUGCGCCGCAACAAGACGUUGCGCAUCUUUAUUUCCAGUUCUGUUACCGGCCAGCCGUGGCAAACAGGCAAUACGAUGCAGACGGAUUUUGAUUUCGGCGACAUGUCGCCGCCUGUACAGUCACUGCCCGAGUGGAUGCUACGGAUCGAAGGCAGACUCGUGGACGAGGGAAGCGACCACCACAGGCUGUUCAGCUCCAUGUUCACCUCUAUUAUCAUCGAACUGCAUCGUGAGGGUGACAGCAACAACGCGGAUCCAGCCGAGCUCGGUCUUCCUGAGCCGCCGGCCGGGGUGCCCCCCGUGGACGCUGGUCCCAAACCGGAGAUUGUGGAAUGGCACGAGCCUCCGCCGCAUUCUACCGAGCAAAGAAUUGAUUUCGAUGGCAUCGAUAUCCGCCGUGGGGGCGAGACUCCCGUCAAGGCCAAGAUUAUUCUCCAACUCAAAGAAUACCCUGCCAAGUUCAAGCUUUCCCCAGCGCUUGCUGAUGUGCUGGGCGUUGACGAGGAGUCCAAGCCUGGUGCCGUUGUAGCCCUUUGGCAGUAUAUCCGCUUCCACAAGCUGCAGGACAUUGACGAGAAGCGGAACAUCAAGUGCGACCCUGCGCUCAAGAAACUGUUCAACCGAGACCAGCUUUCGUUCCCUCAGCUUGUUGAGUUGCUCGGACCCCACCUUACUCCACGCGACCCUAUUGUACUCGAGUAUAUGAUUGAGCCUCAGACUGACAAGGAAAACCGCGACGUCGCCUAUGACGUACCCCUCCAGGUAGACGACCCUCUGCGCUCGGAUUUGAUCACUAUGUUGGACAGCUGGCACCAAGACAAUAUUGCGCUCAGCAAGCAGGAUGAGCAGCUGGUGCAGGACGUCCAGCAGUUGAAUUUGCUUGCCAUGCAGCGGGAAUUCUACCAAAAGCUGGCCGACAACCCCCAAAAGCUUCUCGACGACUGGGUGGCCACUCAAGCCCGCGAUCUCAAAGCUAUUUAUAGUCACCGGCAGUUCAGUGAAGAAGCAGUACGGCACUCUUCAUUCUACAAAGACGACGUGCUCAACUCCAGUAUCCACCUGUUUCUUAAUUCUAGAUAA